AUGACGGAAACGGCAACUGAUAAUCCCAACGACACUACAAUCUACAGGGCCCCGGAGGAACUAUCCCGUAGUCUAUAUGCAGCUUUUGACGGAAUAUUAUUGCAAAUCGACAAAAAUCUCCAAUACCGGGUUAUAAACUCGCUCAAAUGGCUCACUUUCUCCUUCGAACGCCUUACUAUCGACCUUUUCACCGAAAUUCUCGCUCAACACACAAUCAAGAGUGCUCCUCUUGACGAAGCAGACCGGCUGGUUUCUACAAAUAGUGUUCUAAAAUGCUUAUCUGGCUUGGCUGUUGUCGAUGAGCAUCAUGUUUGGCUAGCUGAACCUUCCAUCAAAGAGUAUCUGACUUCCAGCAGAAUUAGACAUGGUCCUGCAUCAGCUUUUUCGUUUACAGAGACGGACGCUCAUCUACACAUUGCUCACUCCAACUUGAUCCAUCAUCUCGAGUGCAACCCCCAAGGCAUACCCCUAAACACUUAUGAAAACGAAGAGCAAAAUGUCUCAAAAUUAAAGACCUAUGCCGCUCGAAACUGGCCUCUGCACCUCGAAAUGGUCCCUCGCUCAGCAUGGCCUCUGGAGACUGCCCAAGCCGCGAAUCUUGCCCUGGCUAUGCGCAGUCCGAGUCUAUUCAGCAUGAUUGACUCGCUUACUAGUUGUCCGUUUCUCAGUACUGAUGCGUGGACGAAUCCCCUGAUUUACACUGCUUAUUUGGGCGCAACUCAGCUCACUGAGAUGCUAAUCUCGGAGGGGCUCGACAUGCACGAGUACGUUACUCAAUGGGACUUGGAUAUAGCCUUGUUGAAUGCAAGCUCGGCAGGAAACUUGGAAACUGUCCGCCUUCUUGUUGAUAAAGGUGCUAGCAUCGACUUGGAAAACGCGACACGUCGAAAUCCUCUGACACAAGCUGCCUUGGGUGGCCAUAUAGAAAUUGUGCGAUACUUUGUUGAGAAUGAAGUCAUGGCUGCGGCUCUUGAUGGCACCGAUGUACGCAAAUGGGCCUUGAACUCUGCAGCUGCUGGAAGUCACUUUGAUAUCAUAGAGCUGCUUGUCCGUGGCGGAACCGAGAUUGACGAAUACACGCUCGAAAAAGUAGCGGGAUCAUCUAGAGACGAGGCCUCAAUAUUGGAAUGCUUACAGUUCCUGCUCGAUAAUAGCCCUGACAUCACCAAGGAAGGGGCACUCUGUAAAGCAGUGUUCAGAGGAAAUUGGAAAGCAUUUGAGCUGCUUCUGGGUAAAGGGGCCGACAUCAACGCUUUGGGGAGCCGUUGGGGCAACUCAUUGCACAUAGCUUGUGCGGCCCUGGAUAUCGAUCAGUCACGAAUCGAGUAUCUACACGGCUUAGGCGCAAAUCCCAACGUCCAAGGAGGAGAUCAUGGAACAGCAAUGCAGGCAGUUUGCUACUCUUAUUCUAGCAGAGAUGAAGACGCUUGUAUCAAGGUCGCGAAGCUCCUCAUCGCUCUCGGCGUCGACAUCGCGGCUCAAGGGUCAGAGCAUGGCAACGCAUUGAACAAUGCUUGUGCAUCUAAAGGCAACGAUGGCAUGUGCUGGCACAACAUGGUAGAACUACUCCUGAAAAACGGCGCCGACGUGAAUGCCCAAGGAGGGCCAUACGACAACGCUCUGCAAACAGCCUGUCACUAUGGGAACUCUGACCUUGUGCCGUUACUUCUGGCCUGGGGAGCAGAUGUCCAUGUCGAAGGCGGUGCGUUUACAACUGCGCUCCACGCUGCUUGUUUCACAAGACCCAAGGAGGGAAAAGAUGGAGAUGUCAAAAUGGUUCAGCUGCUGCUUGACCAUGGCGCUGAUGUCAAUGCCACAGCCAAGAACAAACUGUUUGGAACCGCAUUCCAAGCAGCCUGUGCAGCUGGGAAUAUCAAGCUAGUUCGUCUCCUCCUUGAUAGCGGCGCAGAUGUAAAUUUGCAAGGUGGUGGAUAUGGAUCUGCACUUCAGUCUGCCUGCCACUGGGGGCAUACCGAAGUCGUGCGGUUUCUUCUCGACAAUGGUGUAGAUGUGAACGCACCAGUCCGCAAGAUUGGGGGCAGGAUCGGAACUGCGCUUCUUACUGCUUGCUCUUUUUGGCGUAAUGACGAUGAAAUGGUUCAUCUUCUGCUCGAUCACGGCGCACAUAUCGAUGUUCCUGGGGUUUCCUCCGGGUCUGUUCUACACGGGGUCGCUUCGUCAAACAAGAGCAAAGACAACUCCUUGCUGCUGCGAGUUCUAGAAUUAGGCGCAGAUAUUAACCAGGUAGAUGAGCGUGGUGGAACUGCCUUGCACUACGCGUUUCGAAACAUGCGAUUCGAUGACAAAGACACAAAGCCGAGCAGGAUUCGGUUCCUCAUCGAACAUGGCGCCGACAUUCAUCUUGCGGUGGGAGAGUUGGGCUCUCCGCUGUAUUGUAUAUGUGCAGCUCCAACGAACCUUUCCGAUGUCUAUGAAAAGGAUAGAACAGUGGCUUUACUUCUUGGUAUUUGUCCGGAUAUUGAUGUAAAUGCGCAAGGCGGAGAGUAUGGCUCUGCGCUACAGGCAGCGGCAUGGUCUGGCCAAGCUGAAUCGAUCAAGCUUUUAAUCGAGAAGGGGGCUCAUGUCAAUGUACGAGGCGGUAAGUACGGGAGUGCAUUAAACGCUGCCAUUAUCAUGGGCUACUGGAAUAUUGUCAAGAUAUUGCUUGAGAAUGGUGCAAGGCCGGACUCUCACUGGCGGGACGAGAUAGAUGAGGAUUGGUUGGCUGACGUUCAAAGAGAAUAUGGGCGAGGAGCUGUAGAAAAGUAUAGGAAGUUUUGGGAAGUGGAAAAGAGGAAGUUAUCUGGAACAAACCCAGAUAACAGCGUAGGGGCGGCGAAGACUUGA